CCACGGAGAGCGAAGUACAGUAGAAGAAAUGCAGAGGAUAGCAAAAGGCCCGAAGCGUGAUAUCAUCACCUCAUACAAACAUCAGCGACAUCAAGAUCUGGCAUAUCUGGAUUACGAGGGCAGAUCCAAGGACGUCUCCAAUGACAAGAAGCACGUCAAGGAACGAUACAAGACCAAGAUUGAUCGGGCUGAAGCAGAAGCGAUGUUCAUCCCAGAACGCUUUCAGUCUGCGUAUGACAGCGGCAACCGCAGCAUCCAGCGAGACUUCAAUGUCGCGCGAGAUAUCGGUAACCUUUUCGCGUAUGCCAGAACCUCAGGCAAACGAUACUACCUCACCCGCGACACCUUUGAUGCACCAAUGCGUCGAGACGUUCUUGAAUGCAAGAACAUGGCCGAGGUUGAGCGAUUGCCGACACAAUUCGUCACCGGCGGCGAAGGACUGGAAUUCCACGAAUAUGUCGAGCAUCAUCGCGAACGUGACUUCUUCAAGACCAGCCACGGCUUUCUCGGACUUGGACCUUCGAGUCUUCACGAAGGCGAUGAGAUCGUUGUUCCGCUGGGAGCCAGUCGGCCUUUCAUCUUGCGUAAGAGUGAUGAUGGAUCUUACCAUACCUUAAUCGGAUCAGCGGUAGUUCCUGGCAUCAUGUCUGGGAAAUGGACUAAGUCUCAAAGGCACACUGCAACGAGAUAUGCUAUCAGAUAAUGUGUUACCAGCCAUGAAUAUAGAGUUCUUUCGAACUUCACAUCAAAUAUUGUCAAAACAGCCCAUCCUUACACAUUC